CCUUUUCAUUAAGACUCAUACAUAUAUGAGUAUCAACAAAUAACAGAUAUAUCAUAAUUAGUUCCAAAAUAAAAGGAGUAAUGGCAUUUAGAGGGUCUUUCCUGUGUCUAGUUAUGGUCCUAAUGACCAACAUGGUGACACAAAAUGCAGCCCAAUCCAGUUGUACCACUACACUCACUAGCUUGAGUCCUUGUCUAAACUACAUAAUGGGGAGUUCUUCAACUCCAUCAGCUACAUGUUGCUCACAACUUUCAAGUGUUGUUCAAUCUUCUCCACAGUGUCUCUGCUCCUUGCUUAAUGGUGGUGCUUCAUCUUUUGGUAUCACCAUUAAUCAAACUCUUGCUCUCUCUCUCCCUGCCUCUUGUAAAGUACAAACUCCACCUGUUAGCCAAUGUAAAUCUGGCAAUGGACCAAUAUCUCCUACAACUUCAACUUCUCCAGUGAGCUCUCCUGUUAAUUCUCCAACUGAAGGCACAAUUACACCUUCUGCUUCAGACUUUCCCUCAGGAUCGAAAAGUGUUCCAUCAACAGACGGUAGCUCAUCUGAUGGAAGCACUAUUAAAAUCUCAUUCCACUUGGUUCUUUCUCUAGUUGCCAUUGUGUUUUGUGUCAUGACUAAGUUUUGAUUUUGAGCUACAUAGAGAUUUGUGUGCUCAAGUUUUUUAUGUAUGUAAUAUAUAGUUGUAUAAAUAAGGAAUUUUCAAAAUAAUAAUUUGAUAGGAAGUUACUUAGUCAAGCUACAAUUGAUGUGUUACGCUAAAUUCAAAUUCAGGAGAAUAGAUAUACAAUCAUUGGAUUC